AUGCAAAAGAUUCUCAAGCGUGUGGCCACGGCCGAGCGCGUCGUGGCCAAGCGCAAGGCCGGGCGGGACCGACAGGCUUGGAACAAGGAGCGCUUCUCGGAGCGGGACGAGGUCAAAUACCAAAGGGCACAACUAGCUGAGGAUUAUGGCCGGGCCAAGCAGGCGAUCAAGGACGACUGGAACCUCGGCGCCAAUGCCCCCAAUGUCAACAUUGGCGAGCGCAGCGGCGUCCACGGCGCCAUCUCCGAGGCCCGGUACCAGACGUCCAUGAACUUGAAGGACUACCAGAAGGAGGCCCGGUGCGCCUGGCUGGGCGGCGCCAAGAACUUGAACCUCGUCGAGGGCGAUCGGGUCGUGCUGCUCGAGGGACCGGAUAAGGGCCAGAUUGGCAAGAUCACAAAUUUGCAAAAGGAAAAGAUGGAGGUCAUAGUUGAGGGUCUCAACAAGUCAAAUGUGCGGAUGCCAAUAGCCCUACUGGGCGAGGGAAAGCCCCCAGCCAUCAACAUCGAGCUCCCAAUCCCCAUCUCGGCCGUCCGGCUAGUUCACCCGAUCCGCGAUCCAAAAACCAAUGAGACAAAAGACGUCAUCAUCAACCAGCUGCGACACUCUAACUUCAUGCUCGACAAGGUGACGGGUAUGUCGCAGUGGGAUCGCGUCGUGCCCGGCCUCAACGUGACGAUCCCGUGGCCGGAGCGGCAGGAGAAGGAGGCCGUGGACCACAAGAUCGACACGCUGCGUAUCGACGUCGAGGAGCGCACCUUUGUGCCCACGCUGCUGCGUCCGCCCAUGCCCGAGGUUGUGCUCGACGAGCUGCGCAACAAGUACUCGCGCUUCCGUACCCGGCACGAGCCCGAGUACAUUGCGGCCCGCGAGGCGGCCGAGCAGGCCGAAAAGGACCGCGUCUACCUCAUGGACUCGAUGCGCACGCCGCUGCAGGAGCUCCACCGCGCCACGCGCGACAGCAAGAAGAAGAAGGGCAAGCCGAGGUUGACGGCCGAGAUGCUCGAGCAGAUUGGCAGGGUUAUUGCCAAGAACCGGGAGAGGACGCUCAACGCAGCCGGUGUUAGCGAUAUUGCUGCUACUGCUCCCUCGGCAUCGUCAAUACCGCCCGAGUCAAGUGCCGAAGCCCCUACACAACCACCUUCGUCGUAA